CCUCUCUCCCCAGGAAAAUCUGUACCCACCACCAAGGACAUGCUGUCUUCAGGGACCAUCUGCAGUCUGUUACUCCUCAGUGUGCUCUGGAUGGAUGUGGCUAUGACGGGCUCCAGCUUCCUGAGCCCAGAGCACCAGAAAGCCCAGAGAAAGGAAUCCAAGAAGCCACAGGCCAAACUGCAGCCACGAUCUCUGGAAGGCUGGCUCCACCCAGAGGGCAGAGAACAGACAGAAGGGACAGAGGAGGAACUGGAGAUCAGGUUCAACGCUCCCUUUGAUGUUGGUAUCAAGCUAUCAGGAGCUCAGUACCAGCAGCAUGGCCAGGCCCUGGGGAAGUUUCUUCAGGACAUACUCUGGGAAGAGGUCAAAGAAGCACCAGCUGACAAGUGACUACUGACAGGACUGGCCCACUAUGAGUUCCUCCUGAGUAAGAACUCACAUCCAAUCUUAGGCUCCGCUGCAACUCCCAGCAUUCUCCUACUAUCUUAAGAAUAAAAGCUCAAGCUGUG